CUCAAGUUUUGUGUGUCAUAAAGUCAAGUACAAAAAACAAUAAACAAUGAAUUAUAUUGGACGACAGUGUUUAAAAAUAUUAAAGAGCGACAUAACAAACAGGAGUCACUUGCUUGGUCUUGGAAGAUUACUCUCAUACAAGAGUGCUUAUGCCCUGGAGAAUUUGUAUCCAAAAAGUAAUCUCAACUUGUACACACCCCAAUUUGCACCUGAAGAUCCAAACACAAAAUUCUCUGGAUACAUACCUCUGAAAGAGCUGGAUGUCACUUACAGUACCAGCAGUGGUCCAGGAGGACAGAAUGUCAAUCGAGUAAACACAAAAGUGGAUUUGAGGUUCCACGUUCAAAGUGUCACAUUCAUCGACGAUGAGAUCAAGAAAAAAUUAUUCGAAAAGCAUAGCAACAGGAUAAACAAACAUGGAUAUUUUGUGAUAAAGUCAGAGCUGACACGAUCGCAGCAGCUGAACAUGGCAGAUGCCCUACAAAAGCUCAGGCAAAUAAUCAGAGAACUCAUCGUUGUACCUGAGGAGCCAUCGGAACUGGCCCAAGAGAAGAUGAGGAAAAGAGAAGUCCGCGCAGCUCGAGAGAGGGUGUUUGCAAAGAGGAUGAGGUCACAAGUCAAAAACGACAGAAGAGCUCUGACUCAUGAUUGAAUGUGAAUUUUUCACAGUUUGUAAAUAAAAUAUAUAGC